AUGAAUUAGAAUGAAAAUUAUAGCAUAACAAGCAUAAAUGAAAAAUAAAUAGAAAAUAAUUUGAAAGACUUGUUGGAAAGAGUCUUAUUGAACAUUGAAAAAUUUAUCGAAACUAAAGAAGAAUUGAAUUAAGUGGAAGCUGAAUUAAAAGACUAUGAAAGUUUAUCUCAUUUAGUUGGAAUAAUUAAAGCUGUUUUUACUAAUCUAAUGUUGAAAGUAGAUAAGAAAAUAUCGUAAGUACUUAAAUAAAAUAUUAACAAGCAAAUUAGAAAAGCAAAUAGAUCCAAACUAUUCAAUAAGUAAAAGUAUAAGGUCAGAUGAAGAAUAUGAAAAAUUAGAGCAAACUUUAAUUAAAUAUGAAGGUGAAAUUAGAAAUCAUAUAAGAGUAUUAGUUAUCAAUAUUUAGAUUGAAUAAUAACUUAAAUUAUAUGCUGAGUCUAUACAAAAUAAAUUAGAUGAUAGUGAAUCAAGUAGAGGUGAGCUAUUAGAAACAACCAAAAAAUUAAUUAGCGUAUUGAUUCAUAAAAACUAUAGAAUUUAAAAAGAGAAAAUUAAACAUAUCAUGAAACUUAAUAGAGAUUAAACAUAGAAAUUGCUAAUUUAAAAUAAAUCAUUAAUAAUUUAGAAAAAGAAAACAGAAGGAAAUCUUUAGACUUGAGUUAAAGAGAUUACUUGAAAACUAGUACAAAGAAAAACUAAUAACCAAACAUUUAAUAAUUAUAAUUGUAAAGUAAAUUAUUUCUUAUAUCCUUUAGACUAAAGAAAUUAAAAAUCUUAUUCUGAACAUAAAUUAACAUCUUAAAUCAAUCAUACAUCUAAUACAUUAGAAAGCAAUGAAAUACCAAUUAAAUCAUAGUAAACUUUAAAAUAAAAUUAUUACAAUAUAAUCAAUUAUGGUCAUUAAGCUUAUAAACCAGAUAUUUUAAAGGUUAUUUAAUAAAAAGAUUUUAACAAAAUCUAUGGUUAAUAAAUAAAAAGUAAAAAUAAUUCACUUUCUACAAUUCAUGAUCUUGUACAAAGUGUUUCAGUAUAAGAUAGAAAAAAAGGAAUUAUAAGCUAGCCAGUUUCAAAAAAUAGCUCUUAGGAUAAUAGUUAAAUCUAGAAAUUUAAAGGUAUCCAUUUAAAAUAUAAUAGAUAUAUGUGAUUAGAAUAGAAGUAAGAGUUCAAGAAGAGCAAACAUAGGUAAAAAGCAAAUUUUAAUAGAAUCACAGAUAAAAUUAACUACCUGA